CAGAAAACUUGAGUGUCAAACAUAGUUUCGUUUGUGCGAUGAGUUGAAAUGUGGUCGUGUUUUAUUUCAUGCGCAGAAAGGCAUGAGUUCCUGGAGCAGAUCUGCUGUUUCUCUGACGAACACUCACUGCGGACACCAUCACAGUAUUGCCCAGGAAAAAAGAUAGGCUACACUUCAGUGGGCACAUAUUGAACGUUUGUGCAAUCAUCACCUGUUUUGGCUGAAAGGGUGUCCUCUGAGAAAAAGGUGGUCAGAUGGACAGAAUACAACUCAUACACUCAGCAUUGACACUGCUCUGAUGAUGUUUAAAAUGUCUAAACAGGAACACUUGUCCCUGAACCCUGUCUCUGUAUCAGCUGAAGUAUCGGGUAUCCCCAUGUCAUCCACCUCAGUGCGACUAAAGUAUGUUUCUCUGGGGGUGCUGGUACUGCAGACUACCUCAUUGGUGCUGACCAUGCGUUAUUCUCGGACGCUGUAUUCAGAGGGGCCGCGCUACCUGCCAUCUUCUGCCGUUGUGUCUGCUGAAGUUCUGAAGAUUGUUGCAUGCUUGCUGCUCGUAUUCAAAGAUCACAAUUUCAGUAUUCGUGGCUUGAAUCAGGUGUUGAAGGAGGAAAUAGUGAACAAGUUGCAGGUGACGUUGAAGUUGGCCAUCCCUUCAGGCAUCUACACAUUGCAGAACAACCUACUGUACCUGGCUCUGUCAAAUCUUGACGCAGCCACUUAUCAGGUUACUUAUCAGCUGAAAAUUCUCACAACAGCCCUUUUCUCUGUGUCCAUGUUGGGUAAAAGUCUCAACAUUUACCAGUGGAUUUCUCUAGUCAUUCUGAUGACUGGCAUUGCACUUGUCCAGUGGCCGACUGAUGCUGUGUCAGGCACCCAGCAGAAGGAUUUUACUGCAAGCUCUCAGUUAGUGGGACUUCUGGCUGUGUUGGUGGCCUGCUUCUCCAGUGGAUUUGCUGGCGUCUAUUUCGAAAAGAUCCUCAAAGAGACCAAACAGAGUGUUUGGGUCCGUAACAUCCAGCUAGGUGUGUUUGGAAUCAUAUUUGGGAUUGUGGGAGUGUGUGUGUAUGAUGGUGAAAGAGUGCUGGAGAAUGGACUCUUUCAAGGGUACAACACUCUGACUUGGGCAGUGGUAGCUCUUCAGGCUUUGGGUGGGUUGGUCAUUGCAGCUGUGAUCAAGUAUGCAGAUAACAUCCUGAAAGGGUUUGCCACAUCUAUCUCAAUCAUUCUCUCCACCAUCAUCUCCUAUUUUUGGUUGCAGGAUUUUGACCCUACCAGGGUGUUCUUCCUGGGUGCGCUGCUGGUUAUCGGCGCUACAUUCCUUUAUGGUUAUAAGAGCACAACUAAAGUCAGCCCUAGUAAAGUAUAGACGGCUGGACUGGAGAUUAUGAAUAAUCCAAAACAGUCCUCAAGAGCAUCUAAGAUCCUCUCCUUCAGGUUCAGAGAACAAGUGGAGUCUAGAUGGAUGCUAUUGGAAUAUAGCAUACGAUCCGGUGUUUAAGGCACAGAACUGAGGACGGCAUUCAUCUAAAACUUGAAACUUAGUUUCAAGUUUCAAGAGCUAUAUAUGACAUGUUACAUGAUAUAACCAAAAAUAAAUGGUCAAAUAAAAGUAGACUCUUUGUGUUAUCGCCGAUAGUAUAAAUAUUGGGGGGUUGUACUUGCUUGUUUUUAUUAUGGUGGGGCCCCUGAUUGUCAUACCUUGUUGCUCUUAUUGGGAUUUCAAUGGAAAUACUGUAUACAUUUUUUCAUCACAGUUUGCUUUAUGCAAAAACAUCUUUUUUUUUCUUGCUCCUAAUGUAAUGUUAGAAACUGUCUGCUGUUCCACAGUAAACUCAGUCUCUUCCAUUGCAUAGACUAGUUUUGCAGUGGGAAGCAUAUGAAUAUGACGAAAAGCUGUUGUAACAACACUUAGGAUUGAUGAUUGUGACAGAAGUUACAACAUGAGUGAUAGCAAAACAUUUGAGAUGCAUUUUCAAAAAUGUUAUAACAGUUCUUCUUUUCUCAUGUAUCGAAUAUGUCCUUUUAAAAACGGACACAUUAACCUCCUAGGCAAGAAAUGUUGAAAAGAUACUCUUGAACUGUAUAAAGGUGCCCCGAAAUGUAUUUAGACACAUAAUUUUAAAGAAAGGUAGCACGAGCACACUUUUCAAGUAAACCAUUUCAUAAAAAUACAUUUGUUAGGUUUUAAAUGAUAACUUAUUAGAACAAAAGGAAAAUACUUUGGUUGCCAAACAUAAGUGGAACAUAUCCAUCGUUAAUGUGCUGAACUACAUGUGGUUCCUCUGCAAGGGCACAUGUGUGAAAUUGAAGGACAUUAAAUUCAUACAGCCACAAGAAAAUCGUAUUUUCAUUGCAAAAAUUAACAAUUAUUAAGAAAGUUAGAUAAUAGAUGCCACUUAGUUUAAAGAGACAGUUUACCCAAAA